AUGUUUUGGAGUCUGGUUUUGCUGGCUGAAGUUUUGCUGAUUUUUAGACCGAUUUUUGGAUGUGGAACUGAUGUUUCAGGUGGGUUUUUGGUCUAGACAAAGGUUCUGGAGGCUUCUGGAGGAUUCUGGAGGCUUCUGGAGGCUUUUAGAGGUUCUGAAGACUUCUGGAGGCUUCACAGGGCUUCUGGAGGCUUUUAGAGGCUUCUGAAGACUUCUGGGAGCUUCUGAAGGCUUCUGGAGGCUUCCCAAGGCUCCUGAAGGCUCCUGGAGGCUUCUAAGGCUUCCCAGGGCCUCCCAAGGCUUCCCAAGGCUUCUAAAGGCUUCUGAAGGCUCCUCAGGGCUUCCUAGGGCUUCUGAAGGCUCCUCAGCGCUUCCCAGGGCCUCCCAAGGCUUCCCAGGGCCUCCCAAGGCUUCUCAGGGCUUCCCAAGGCUUCUCAGGACUUCUGGAGACCUCCCAGGGCUUCUGGAGGCUUCUAGAGGCUUCUGGAGACUUCUAAAGGCUUCCCAGAGCCCCCAAAAACUUCCCCAGGCCUCCCAACUCCCACAAAUCUUUCCAGGCGCUCCCUCAACCUCGGCCCAAUUCCAAAUCACCUUCCAACCCCCGCUGAUCUUCACCUAUCCCCCCUCCAUCACCACCUACACCACGGGCCAAUCAAUCAAUAAUGCGAGCGCCUCAAAUCGCCUGAUCUCCGAGCUCAAUUCCGCCGUCUCGACGGCCCUGAAGUCCAACUCGAUCAGCCUGAUCUCGGCGCCGAUGUUGAGUGUCAGCGGGUUCAGCGGUUUGGCAGCGACGGUGGAAGCGGGAGCGAAUUGUACAGCCGACAAGAAUUAUAUACAAUAUUCCGGAACCUUGAUCUACCAGUGUUCGGGAGCUUCCUCAGGAUCUACAGAAGCUCCCACCACCCAAGCUGUACAAACAUCUACAGAUGGUGGAGAUGGUGCGGAAGGUGAUACCACAAUUUCCGCAACCACUUCCGCUUCCGCUUCCGGAACCUUUACAAAGAUCUUGGUGCAGCAAUCAAUGCAAGUGUCGGCCAAUUCUACACAGUCUUUAUAUUUGGCACAAUGGCAGGAGAUUGCGAAAAGUGUGCAAAUUGCAUUGGAAGCUAAGAAUAUGGUGUUUUUGGAUGAUAUUAGUGUGAAUAUUUGA